AUGGCGAACUCAGAAUCAGGAUCUGAUUCGGGAGCAGAGAAUGAGUGUCCAACCACAAUACCUACACGAGGGCCGACGCAAAUGAAUGAAAUAUCCAAACUAAUGGAUCAGGGCAAAAGAGUGGCCCUCGAAGUUAAUGAUAAAGGUCAAUACUGUGGAAAAAGCUACGCGAAGCUCGUAUCCACUCUGGGAGUCAGAUGUCGGCAGACAAUAGGGUUGGCUUAUAAAAAUUGGAAAGAAGUCAACCAGACUCUGAAAAAUAAAGUUUGGAAAGACAUUCAGACGGGGUUCAUUGUGCCGGACACCUUCAAACAUGAUUGUCUCAUCCUAGCUGGGAAGUUAAUGAAAGACUUCAAGAAUAGGAUGACAAAAGACAUCAUAAUGCCCGCGUUGAAAGAGAAUGAUGCGGGACGACCGGCACAAGUCCCCGAAAAGCACCGGAGAUCGACGCCUGGCGAUUGGUGCAAAUUUGUUGAAAGUAGACUAACUCCUGAAUUUCUGGAAUUGAGUAAGGUGCAACGUGAACGUUCCUCAAAAAUUCAAUCCAGACAUCGAAGUGGUCGGAGUGGGAUGGUGAACGUACGGGAAGCUGUGAAAAAGGACCUCGAAGUUGCAGAUCCUCCCCGCCACCGUGUUUGGAUUAAAUCUCGCACCAAGAGUAGAAAACUUGUCACUGAUUACGACAAGGAAAUUGCCGAGAAGAUAGCUCAAUUAGAGGAGAAGCUUAGUCAGGGACAAAUUCAGGUCCAGGGCCAAAACGAUAUCCUCACGCAGGCGCUCGGGACACCAGAGCAUCCUGGACGUGUCAGGGCUGCUGGGUUCCUGACCAGGGCAUCUCAACUGUUCGGCAGGAAGAAAAGGGAAGUGUCUGAUGUUGUGGCUCGGCAAGCGAAGGAGAUUGAACAAUUAAAAGCCGAAGUCCAAUCCCUUAAGCGACGGAGAGAACGAUGA